AGAUGCGUACGCGACAAGGUACGCGUUGCCGGGACGGCGAUUCCGUGUGGCACUGAGCAUCGUAGUUGGACAGCGCGCGCGCGCGCCUGCGGGCGGCAAAUCAGUCUUGGCUGUUUUUCGUGGAUUUUCUCGAUAUGGCUGGGAUAUACCGUUAUCCAUGAACGUUUCCCCAUCUCGAUGCCUCCCCUGUGAAGGCGCACACGAAGGGCUAUCCCGUGGAGCGCGGAUCGAGAUCAAUCGACGCCGAAACCGGUACAUGGAACUUUCCUUCGACAAGGGGUUACGCGGAUAACGUCGAGCGAAGAAACGGUCCUGCUGCAAGGUUAGAGUCGCGAGGAUGGUGGGCAGCGUGCCGAGCGGAUGGAUGAGGAAGAUCCUCCUCUUCCUGGUCCUGAUGACCGGAGUCCUGCUGAUCGCGAUGUACGCGCACGCUCCUCCACUUGCCUCUCUCCAGCCAUUCUCCUCACGACGACUGAAGGAGUUGCAACGAGGCUUGGUUACUUUCCUGGUCGGUAAUGAAAGCACGAAGAGACCCGAGGAACGGCUCUACGAGUAUCUGGAAGAGCCUAGAACGUUCCAGAGCCCUUGGUCCUGGGCCUGUGUCGCCGGAAGAUGCGAGAGGAGAGCAGUCAGGUCGUCACGCACAUCGUUGGCCAGCUGCAUCGCUCUUUGUGGCGGAAACACCAGGCUCCUUUGGCCCAGACCCACCGGAAACGUGUUCCUCGGGGAGGAAAGUGUCAUCAUACAUCUGCAACAGAUAGAAUUCGUCACUGUGAACACCAGUGAUCAGGAAACGAAGAAUUUAUUAGAGCAUGCUAAGGAUAUCUUCAUGGGCAACAUCAGGAGCCUAGUGAAGGUAUCAAACGCAAAGAGCAGAUCCGGAGUGGACAGUUUUGUGAUCUACCUCUCUGCCGGAAUUGAGCGUCCAGUAGGACCGAACAUAGCCACAGACGAGUCGUACACCCUGGAAUUAAUACCCAAAGGAAGAAUUCUAGAGGCACGAGUAACGGGAAAAAGUUACUUCGGUGUCAGACACGGUUUGGAGACGCUUGGUCAGAUGAUCUGGUGGGACGAGACAGCCGGAAGAGAGGGUGCACUGCGUGUGUUGUCUCGUGCUUCCGUCGAGGACAAGCCUAUGUUCUCGUACAGGGGACUGCUGGUCGAUACUGGAAGACAGUUCUUCCCCAUAGAACGUUUGAAACGUGUUAUCGACGGCAUGGCCGCGUCCAAGUUGAACACUUUCCACUGGCAUCUGACAGACUCGCAGAGUUUCCCCUUUGAUUCAGCCCAGUUCCCGGAAAUGGCCAGAUGGGGCGCCUAUAGCGGAGAUCAAAUCUACACGCCCGAUGACGUGAAGGAUCUCGCGGAUUACGCGAGGAUCCGCGGCAUCAGAGUGCUCGUAGAGAUUGACUCUCCAGCUCAUGCCGGUGCUGGCUGGCAAUGGGGGACGGAGUACGGUUACGGGGAGCUGGCGCUGUGCGUUGAUCAACAGCCAUGGUCGUCGUAUUGCGGCGAGCCGAAUUGCGGCCAGUUGAAUCCCAUCAACGAGCACUCCUACCGAAUAUUGGAGGGGCUGUACCGUGAACUGUUGGACCUGACCGAAAUUAGGGACAUCGUGCACCUUGGCGGGGAUGAGGUGAACCUCGAUUGUUGGGCCCAAUAUGGAAACAUCACUGCCGCGAUGCAAGCUCAAAACAUGACCGACCAUCAUGCUAUGUGGGCUGAAUUCGAAACGAAGAUGCUUCAAAGGCUUGUCAAGGCCAAUCGUAACGAGGUACCAAAAGCUGUGAUCCUUUGGAGCUCGCCGUUAACCAAGAGGCCUUACAUCACCAUGUACUUCGAUCCUAAGAUUCACGUGAUACAAUCUUGGGGUGGUAGCAAUUGGCCAGAGACUCCAGACCUUCUGGAGGAUGGUUUCAGGGUGAUUCUGUCGCAUGUAGACGCGUGGUACCUGGACUGUGGGUUCGGUAGGUGGAGAGAAACGGGUGAAGCAGCUUGUGGCGAGUAUCGUACCUGGCAAACGGUGUACAAUCACAGACCAUGGAGGGAUUAUCCUCAGCAACAUUUGAGCUUGGUUCUGGGAGGAGAAGCGGCUAUCUGGAGCGAGCAAACAGGUGACGCGUCCUUGGGGCCUCGACUAUGGCCAAGGGCGUCUGCCUUCGCCGAAAGAUUAUGGAGCGACAUGCCAACGAACGGUUACUCGACAGACGAGAGCGUGUACACAAGACUAGCCGCCCAUAUGGAACUUCUAACUAGCCGAGGAUUGAAAACAGAAGCAAUGUGGCCGCAGUGGUGCACCCAGAAUCCAGGCAAAUGUCUCUGACCGUUCGCUAGCUCAACCAUGAUCACCUUCGACUGGAAUUAUACGCGUGGGUGCUACGAUUGCUCGAUAGGGAGACGUUACACGAGAUGGUCCAGUCCUCAAUCAUCGUUAGAACACGCUGAACUAACAAAACAUAGUGACAUCGUUAGCGAAAGAGGCUGGUCGAUCGUUUUAAUAGCGACAGCUGCUCGAUAACGAUUCUUCUAAUUCCACGUGUAGUAACAACCAUAAGAAUCAUUGUAGAACGUGUCGACGUCAUAUUAUCGUUCUACAUGAACGUGGACGUCGCGUGGACAAGCGUCAGACAACUUGAGAGAUAUACUUGAGGGGAGGGGAUGAGAUUCCUGAAAGAAUUCAGGUGAGAAAGAAGGGAGGAUCUACUUAAGAGGGAGAGUUUCAUUUUGAUUUCUGCCAGUCAACCAAAGGCACAACGACGUGAAAAAUCAGGGGGUUGUGUUUGUUCUCUGAAACGAACACUAAGUAGGCAGAGUUACGAGGUAAUUGAUUGUUCAAUUACAAGGUCAAUAAUUCAAUGGACACACACUACUGACGCCUUGUUACUGCUCGAUGCCAUACUUUUCGUUCGAAGUGCCUUUCCAAUUGUAAAUCUACUCGUUAUUGUACGAUUUCAUGUGUGAAACAACACCGUGCGCGUUCCUAUGAUUCCCGAUGGCGAAUGUCGGGUCCGUUUACAGCGUCCGUUUACAGAUAUUUAGGACGAAUAUUGGACGCGUUCUGCGUCUGGUUCUUCUGAUGGUACCAUUUUA